AGCGAAAUAUUUCGAUUUUGCGACAGAAAAGAACAUCUGAUUCAAAUUAUUGAUUUUACUGUAUUUCAUUAAAAUUCGUGCUAUUUUUAUGGCUUGUGUCCCCAUUUUUCUGGUCAAUAGAACGGUCUAUAAUCGUUUAUUCAUAAUGUUCGCAGAAAUUUGUUUUUAUCCCACUCUUUGUUCACAAACGUCUGACCGCAUUAAUAAAAUGGAAUAGCACCGGCUAAAACUUAUUAGUAAAUGUCUACAGUUAGUAUCGAUUGGCCUCCACGUAAAAAUACAAAAUAUUCCAAUAAAAAUUAAAAAUAUUGUGUUGUCAGAAGUAAAAUAAUGAUGUCUAAAUUACAAAUUAUAAUGUUCAUGUUGCUCAGUGCUAUUUAUAUAACCGCAGCCAGUAUUGCAAUCGCAUUACCAAAUCCAAAAUUCCCAAACAAAUGUUUUUAUGGCGACGAAACUUAUGCCGUUGGCGUCUAUUAUCCAGAAAAUAAAUGCGAAAGUAUCACGUGUCACGAUGACUAUAGUAUAACUGUCAGCAAUUGCGGUUCGUAUGCACCUCCCGAAGGCUAUGAAAUUGUUGAAGAUUUAAGCUUAAGAUAUCCGGAUUGCUGUUCAAAACUCAUCAAAGUUGAUGAUCAAGAUAUCAACGAUGAGAAAGAUAUCGACGAUGAGAAAGACAUUGAUGAUGAGAAAGAAACGUGAAAUUAAAACUCUGCUUGCUAAAGUUUUUUAAUUCCUUGUUUACUAACGAUCAACCUGUAAAUCUCUGAAGCACCCAUUCACACUUUGUCACCGAUAUUUGUUAUAAUUCCAAUCAAUUUCAUAGCGUUUUUGUAGGCUUUAUCUGCUGUUGUGGUUAUUUCACCACUUCCAAUUUAAAAUUCGUCACUUUACUCGAUACUAAAUAACUUCAUGAAGUAUCGUGGAAAUUAAAUAGUAACAAGAGUGAUCAUGUUACAAAAAAUGACAACGUUUUGUGUAUGUAUGCACUUAAUUAAAAUGCCAGCCUAAAGUCGUAUCGAAAAAAAAAUUAAACGAAUUCUCCAUAUUUUC